GGUUCCAAAGGUACCUAACCUGAACAUCGUUCUCAUAAAUGAUCUUCAAUCCAAUCCUUGAAGGUAAGAUCGCAGCCGUGGCCACCUACAGAUCCAUUUUUUCAGAUUGUGUAUUUUGAUACAAGAGAACAAUAAUGGAGAUUUUCAAGAAGGCUGAAACCGUGCGUUUACGUAGCUACCAUGACAAGUACCUUCUAGCAGACGACGACGAAGAUUCCGUGAACCAAGACAGAGACGGACGUUGCAUGAACGCUAGAUGGACGGUGGAGAUUCUAGAAGAAGCAAACGUGAUCCGUCUCAAAAGCUGUUUUGGCAAGUACCUAACCGCAUCAAACAUGCCAUUGUACCUUGGCAUGACAGGCAAGAAGGUAACGCAGACGCUGCCACGUCGUCUGGACUCAUCAACUGAAUGGGAACCCGUUAGAGAAGGCGUUCAAGUUAGGCUCAAGACAAGGUAUGGGCAGUAUCUUCGAGCUAAUGGAGGUUUACCACCAUGGAGAAACUCAGUCACACAUGAUGUUCCUCAUAGGUCAACCACACAGGAUUGGGUUUUGUGGGAUAUUGAUAUUUUGGAAAUCAGAAAGAAGAAACCACCACAACCUAUUCUCCCGCCUCCUCCACCACCACCAGAGGUUCUGAUGGCAACAAUAGAUGAUCACGCUGAGCACAACUCACCCAAAGAGUUCUCUCUCAAGUCCCCAAGAUUUUCUAAAACAGAGGUUGAAGAUAGAGUCAGCUCACCAGGCAAGGCAGAUGGGAGACUAAUUUAUUACAGGGUUGGGGAUGAAGAUGGGAACGUGGAUGAAGGAGCAAAGGAAGAGCUUUUCUGUUUCAAGGGACUGGGACUAGAGGAGCUGAAACAGAAGCUUGAAGAAGAGACAGGUCUGAGUGAUGUAUCAAUCUGUUCCAAGAACCCUUUAAACGGCAAAUUAUAUCCCCUUAGGCUGCAUCUCCCUCCCAACAACUCAAAGAUGCAUGUCGUUUUGAUCCCUUCCUCUUCAAAAGGGGAUGAUGCAAGCACAUCUUGAAGCAUGGUUCAAAACUACAGAGAGUUUGUUGUCCAAGACCAAAAAGAACUGUGUAUUUUGGUAAACAUGCUGUAGAUCAACAAGACCUUUUCAACAUAACACUGCAUACCAUAAAUAUGUUUUGAUGCUAAAAUAAUCUAGCAUCAGGCUGUAUGUUAAA